AAGUUAGGUGCUACAGAAGGUAAAGGCUGUCUCUAUGGAGCCACUGGCCAUCCUGGUGCUGCUGUGCUUUCCGAUCUGCUCAGCAUAUCCUCUGCAUGGGGCAGUGAGACAAGACCACUCAACCAUGGAUCUUGCUCAGCAAUACCUAGAAAAAUACUACAACUUUAGAAAAAAUGAGAAACAAUUUUUCAAAAGAAAGGACAGUAGUCCUGUUGUCAAAAAAAUUGAAGAAAUGCAGAAGUUCCUUGGGCUGGAGAUGACAGGGAAGCUGGACUCGAACACUGUGGAGAUGAUGCACAAGCCCCGGUGUGGUGUUCCCGACGUCGGUGGCUUCAGUACCUUUCCAGGUUCACCCAAAUGGAGGAAAAACCACAUCUCCUACAGGAUUGUGAAUUAUACACUGGAUUUACCAAGAGAGAGUGUGGAUUCUGCCAUUGAGAGAGCUUUGAAGGUCUGGGAGGAGGUGACCCCACUCACAUUCUCCAGGAUCUCUGAAGGAGAGGCUGACAUAAUGAUCUCCUUUGCAGUUGGAGAACAUGGAGACUUUUACCCUUUUGAUGGAGUGGGACAGAGCUUGGCUCAUGCCUACCCACCUGGCCCUGGAUUUUAUGGAGAUGCUCACUUCGAUGAUGAUGAGAAAUGGUCACUGGGACCCUCAGGGACCAAUUUAUUCCUGGUUGCUGCGCAUGAACUUGGUCACUCCCUGGGUCUCUUUCACUCAAACAACAAAGAAUCUCUGAUGUACCCAGUCUACAGGUUCUCCACGAGCCAAGCCAACAUUCGCCUUUCUCAGGAUGAUAUAGAGGGCAUUCAAUCCCUGUAUGGAGCCCGCCCCUCCUCUGAUGCCACAGUGGUUCCUGUGCCCUCUGUCUCUCCAAAACCUGAGACCCCAGUCAAAUGUGAUCCUGCUUUGUCCUUUGAUGCAGUCACCAUGCUGAGAGGGGAAUUCCUAUUCUUUAAAGACAGGCACUUCUGGCGUAGAACCCAGUGGAAUCCCGAGCCUGAAUUCCAUUUGAUUUCAGCAUUUUGGCCCUCUCUUCCUUCAGGCUUAGAUGCUGCCUAUGAGGCAAAUAACAAGGACAGAGUUCUGAUUUUUAAAGGAAGUCAGUUCUGGGCAGUCCGAGGAAAUGAAGUCCAAGCAGGUUACCCAAAGAGGAUCCACACUCUUGGCUUUCCUCCCACCGUGAAGAAGAUUGAUGCAGCUGUUUUUGAAAAGGAGAAGAAGAAGACGUAUUUCUUUGUAGGUGACAAAUACUGGAGAUUUGAUGAGACAAGACAGCUUAUGGAUAAAGGCUUCCCGAGACUGAUAACAGAUGACUUCCCAGGAAUUGAGCCACAAGUUGAUGCUGUGUUACAUGCAUUUGGGUUUUUUUAUUUCUUCCGUGGAUCAUCACAGUUCGAGUUUGACCCCAAUGCCAGGACGGUGACACACACACUGAAGAGCAACAGCUGGCUGUUGUGCUGAUUAUCAUGAUGACAAGACAUAUACAACACUGUAAAAUAGUAUUUCUCGCCUAAUUUAUUAUGUGUCAUAAUGAUGAAUUGUUCCUGCAUGUGCUGUGGCUCGAGAUGAGCCCAGCAGAUAGAUGUCUUUCUUAAUGAACCACAGAGCAUCACCUGAGCACAGAAGUGAAAGCUUCUCGGUACACUAGGUGAGAGGAUGCAUCCCCAUGGGUACUUUAUUGUUUAAUAAAGAACUUUAUUUUUGAACCAU